UCGUCCGCUAGCUGCGGGCCCGACUGCAGUCCGCUCACCUGAGGCCUUGCUUCAUUCUGCUCGCUCCAUGUGUACAUCUUCUGCACAGUACCUAGGCGCCCAAGACGAAUUCACAGUUGGCGCACUGUAGGAGGCAUUCAGCCAUGUUCGCGUGGUUCAGGAGCCUGUUGUCUCCAAACCCUCCGAUCACCAAUCGCGGCCGACAAAGGGCAUUGAAAUCUCGGAGACGCAGCCUCUCUGUCGAUCGGAAAGGUCGCAAGAUGAAACGACAAGCCCAGUCGCCCCUCUUCUCGAUGCUGCCACCUGAGAUUCGAUUCAUGAUUUACGAAAUGGUUCUCUGCGAAACGUCACAAGUGCAUAUAAUCGUCAAGGGCAGCAAGCGCGGGAGCGAUACGACUGAAAUGUACGGCAGAACGUGUGCUGAGCCAAGAAGAUAUUGUCCCCCAGGCUCCAGGUGCAGAGUGCAGAGUCAGCUGCUGUUGACCUGCCGAAUGGUAUACUGCGAAGCCAUCGAUAUUCUUUACUCUAGAAAUGCUUUCAUAUUCCAGAGCGAGUAUGACUUUGUACUGUUUGGCCGGCUGACAGUUCCACACCAUCUUCGCAAGAUCAAGAAGGUGUGCAUUGGCACAUUCGAUUACGAAGGAAAGCCGCAGUUCAAAUCAUUACCUUUGGAACUACUUGAUUAAAACCAAAUGAAUGGCGGUGAAUUCAAAAAGACCAACCAAGCACCUAUACAACACGCUUGCAAGAAAACCUGUAUCAAUGCAAUGCAGUUGAACCAUGGCAACCAUCGGUAGAAAUGCUUUUGGGUAGUACUAGUGGUCACCCACCACAGAAGCACACUAUUAACGCGAAUUGUUACAAGACCCACCACACAUACAAAAAGAAUAUAAAAACAUACAACAGCGGGGAUUCCGAAAUUGUCACCAACUUUCGUACUAAUCCGCCGGUAUCCUGCUUAAGUACCGCUGAGCGAACGGGAAGCGCUGUAUUCAGGAUCCUGUGGUCGUAUGUGGAGACCACA